GGAGAGAUUCUCAUUCGGGGAGUAGAGCAGCAUAAGGAAAAUUGGGCGAGAGGCAGGAAAACUGGAGUUAGGCAUUCAUAAGAAGCAUUGCUUUUCCAGAACCAUCUUGUGAGGUAUGUCAAGAUGGCCUCUGUCUCUGAGUCCAUUAUGUAAAUGCAUUUGUGCAACUGUGCUGAUCUGGUUGACUGAAACAUGAGCAUCAUAAAAGCUUUCAGGCCCUCUGACUCUGGCCCUUCUGUCUUGUUGGAUCUCAGCUUUCUAAAAAAGCACCAAAGGAGGGGUACAGCUGCGGGGGUUACAGAAUUGGCUGUAGGGGCUGAACAAAAAAGGAGCUCAUGAAGCCAAUUUUUAUAGGAAUAUACUUGCUUCUGGAAUAUUUCAGUCAUUUGGAAUACUGGGAUAUUUUCUGGAAAAAAACAUAAUUUUGGAAUAUUGGAAUUAUUGUUACUUCUCACCAUCAUGAAGGUGAGUCCAACUUCCUGUCUGUGUCCUGUGCUUCUCUGUCUCUGUUUCCUGGAGAGAGGCUAUGGAGCAAGUCACCAGGGACAGACCAGGAUGUUCUCCAGGAAUCACAACCUGACUCUCAGUCACAACCAUACAAAAGGAGGGGAGACAGAAGUCCAUCACAGACCAAAGCGGGGAUGGAUAUGGAACCAGUUCUUUGUAUUAGAGGAACAUAUUGGACCAGAUGCACAGUAUGUAGGCAAGCUUCAUUCAAAUUCAGAUAAAGGUGAUGGUUCUGUCAGAUAUAUCUUAAGUGGGGAAGGAGCAGGAACUAUCUUCAUAAUCAAUGAGAUAACAGGAGAUAUUCAUGCCACCAAGAGUCUGGACCGGGAGAAAAAGUCCCAUUAUGUUCUCCAUGCUCGGGCCAUUGAUGUGAACACAGACAAACCCUUGGAACCAGAGUCUGAAUUUAUUAUCAAAGUGCAAGACAUCAAUGACAACGCACCCAAAUUUCCUGAUGGCACUUUCAUCACAUCUGUCCCUGAGAGGUCAGAAGUCGGUACAUCAGUAUUCCAAGUAACAGCAACAGAUGAUGAUGACCCAACCUAUGGAAAUAGUGCUCGUGUGGUGUACAGCAUUUUGCAUGGACAGCCAUACUUCUCUGUAGAUCCACAAACAGGAGUAAUCAGAACAGCAUUACCUGACAUGGAUCGAGAAGCAAGAGAGCACUAUACAGUGGUCAUCCAGGCAAAAGACAUGGCAGGACAGGUGGGAGGACUCUCAGGCUCCACCACAGUUAAUGUCACACUUACUGAUGUCAAUGAUAACCCUCCCAAAUUUCCCCCAGAAAGCUUCCAGGUGUUUGUGCCUGAGUCUGCCCAAGUGGGGAAACCAGUGGGAAAGAUCAAAGCAGAAGAUGAAGACGUAGGCGUCAACGCUGAAAUCAUAUACAGUAUUAUUAACCAGGAGGGAGCCAAUGUGUUCUUAAUAACUACAGACAAAAACACAAGAGAGGGCAUCAUUAGUCUGAAAAAGCCACUUAACUAUGAAAAGAAGAGACAGUACACUCUGCAUAUAGCAGCAGAGAACACACACCUUGAUCCUCGUUUCUCCCAUAUGGGAUCAUUUAAGGAUAAUGCCUCUUUUAAAGUAACAGUUGGGGAUGUGGAUGAACCACCUAUUUUCUCAAUGGAUUAUUAUAUUAUGGAUGUUUAUGAGAAUGCAAAAAUUGGCACGGAGGUUGGAUCAGUUAUAGCACAGGAUCCAGACAACAGGAACAGCCCGAUCAGAUAUUCCAUAGAGCAAAAAAAAGAAAGUGAGGGAUAUUUUGACAUUGAACCUAUCAGUGGAAUCAUAAGAACCACUCAUCUCCUGGACAGAGAAGACAUAGCCUGGCACAACAUUACUGUCAUGGCAGAAGAGGAGGAUAACCCAAAUCUUCAGAGUCAUGUCCCUGUCACAAUUCAGGUACUAGAUGUAAAUGACAACCCACCAGAAAUCAACACAGAGGAUGACAUCCUUAUUUGUGAAAACAUAAGGGCAGGACAGAUUAUCCAGACGAUCAGUGCUGUGGAUAAGGAUGACUUCGCAAAUGGACCGAGAUUUUAUUACUCUUUCCCUGGGGGAGUUCCCAUUAAUCCCAACUUUACCUUAAAGGACAAUGAAGAUAGCACAGCUAGCAUUGUAGCAAGGCGGCGGCGUUUCCACAGGUUGACACAGGAGAUAUAUAAGCUGCCUGUGGUAGUGUGGGAUGGAGGCGAGCCCUUACUGAGCAGCACCAGCACACUGACCCUGCGUGUGUGCCAGUGUCAGCAUGGUAGCCAGUACAAAAUCUGUCAGGGCGAGGAUUUCCUUUCUUCUGCAGGCCUCAGCACUGGAGCACUUAUUGCCAUCCUGCUGUGUGUGCUAAUAUUACUGGCAGUUGUAAUUCUUUUCAUCACUUUGAGGCGAAGCAAAAAAGAGCCACUGAUUAUAUCAGAGGAAGAUGUUCGGGAAAACGUGGUCACCUAUGAUGAUGAAGGUGGAGGUGAGGAGGACACUGAAGCUUUCGACAUAAUUGCUCUGCGCAAUCCUGAAGCUGCUGAAGAGCUUAAGUUCCGACGAGAUGUUCGGCCCGAGGGGGGUUAUCCUAGAUCAACAAGAAUAUCCUGCCGUUAUAACUGUAAUCAUCACAGUCCCACAUCACUUGAGACAGAUGAUGUUACAGAUGUCCAUGAUUUCAUCAAACAGAGACUAGCAGAGGCAGACCAGGAUACUGCUGUACCUCCGUAUGAUUCGCUACAAACUUAUGCAUAUGAAGGUCAAGGGUCACCAGCAGGUUCCAUCAGUUCCAUAGGCUCAGCUGGAAUCAAUUCUGAAGAGGAUUACAACAUAUUGGAUGAGUGGGGUCCAGAAUUUUAAAAACUAGCUGAACUCUCACGGGAGGAGGCUUAAAAUGGAACAUUAACCAAAUUCAAAUAAGCCUGAUCUUUUCAGGUUGUUAAAAAAAACCCUAAAAGAACAUUAAACACAGACACACAUGCAAACAAACAAACACAAAUAAAAUACAUAAAGUCCUUGUUUGCUGCCAUGGAUGUCAUUGUUUGGCCAGUAAGGUAAAAAUUUUUUAGACUUUGCCAUGCUAAAAAGAUAGACUGACCAGCAUUUUUUUUUAUAACAAUGGGAUAGAUCAAUGUGGAUGAAAAUGUCAAAGAAAAACAAUAAGUUGAAUAAGUAUUUUUUAUUGCUAAAUAAAGUGCUAAAAUGUGGGCACAUUGAUAUAUGUGAUAAAAAAAGUGUAAUUCAUUA